AUGGCGGCUCUCCUGCAUGGGGAGGCGCCGCCUUUCGUUCGACCAGCGAAGACGUUUGCAUCUGUUCUUUCGCAAUCUCCGUCAUCCGCAUCAAGUGGUGUUGGCCUUCUUAGUACAUACAAGGGGGAGCCUUCGUUGGUGAUUUCUCGUCAAGAUAUGUUGCAGAUAGCAGCGCCCUACUCAAAUGCGUUGGUCGGCAGAUUUGUCGUAGGCCGCCCUUCCAUGGAACUUAUUCGCAAGUUUAUUGUUUCGUUGGGGUUGAGGGGCGAGUGCCCAAUAGGUUUGUUAGAUUCCAAGCACAUUCUUUUACGUCCAUCAGAGGAGGAAGAUUACACCAGGCUUUGGUGUCGUCGGUUUUGGUAUGUUGGCAAGUUUCAUAUGUCUCUGUCGAAAUGGACAAUUGAUUUUAAACCAGGAGCUGAGUCAUCCAUUGCACCAGUUUGGGUCAAUUUUCCGGGUCUUCCACUGCCGUUUUUCGAAAAGCAAUUUCUGCUUAAACUCGGUACCCUACUUGGCCGACCUUUGAAAGUGGAUGAGGCUACGGCUUCAUUGAAACGCCCUUCUGUUGCCCGUAUUUUGUUGGAGGUUGAUGUAUUGCAACCUCCCAAAUCUAGGAUUUGGAUCGGAGAUGAUCAGUGGGGUUUUUGGCAAAAAAUUGAAUACGAAGCUUAUCCUUCUUAUUGUGGGUUUUGCCCGUUGAUUGGCCAUACAGAAGCCAUCUGUCAUCGCAAACAUCCGGAAUUGAGGCCGGUUCGUACUGGUCCAUCAUCUAAAACGCACGUCAGACAAGUUUUUCAACCAAAGGGGGUAUCUGCUGUUGAUGCCUCUCUGCCUGUUGCGGGUUCUGGGGUAGUGGAAGUUCCGGGGAUACAAGCGCCAGAUGCACCGGUGGCACCGGAGGCUGCUGCUGACUUGCCACCUCAGUCUGCUAAUCCUAGUCAGGGAAAUUUUCCUCAAGCUACUGUACUUGUUCAUGUUCCUGUUCUUUCAAAUACCUCUCUGGGGGCUGAUGAAGAUACGCAGAAUUUGCUUGCCUUAGGUCGCCAAGUUUCUUCUUCCCCGUUUCAGGAGUUAUCAGAUGAUAUCCUCAUUUCUGACGGGGAUAAUCGUGGGCUGCUAAUUGCAACUGCGUCUGAAGGGCCGAACCAUGAACGGCAUUCCUCUUCGCUCUCUCCUAUGCGGAAUCACGAUCGUGUUCGUCUGGUGCGGUCUAGUUCUGAAGGGCGGUCAGGGGGGCGAGGGAUUUCUUUGGUGGAGUUGAAAAGUUUUCAGGAUCGCUUACCCAGCAGAAUCAAAGCAUCUAAGCUUUGUUAUGAUCCGGUUGGAGGGUGUCUGGAUGAUACGGAUUCUCAAUUACUGCAAAAGUUGAUUCAAGGACACAAGGGUCGUCCUAGGCAAUCCAGGAAACGAGAAGAAGCUGCGGAUCAAUUGGUCCAUGUCUAUUUGUCUUUCCCUUCUGGCUCUUCUUUUAUUAUUUCAGCUGUCUACGCGAAGUGUAACAGAAUUGGUAGGAGAAGGCUAUGGGAGGCUUUGGAGCAUUUUUCCAUGUCCGUUACUCUUCCGUGGAUUGCUGUAGGAGACUACAACGUUAUUACUUGCGCGGAGGAAAGGAUUGGAGGAUCUUCUCCGAAUAUGCGUGAUUUGGAAGAAUUCAACUCAGCUUUACACCGCAGUGGCUUAUUUCCAGUUCAAUUUGAUGGGUCUGCUUACACAUGGACCAAUGGUCGCAUGUGGCAGCGGCUGGAUCGAGCGGUCGUUAAUGCCGCCUGGCUCGCAGAUGUUGAGAUGACUAGAGUAGCUCAUCUUCAACGGGGGCGGUCUGAUCAUUGUCCGUUGCUAGUCAAGGGGGGUAGUACAUCGACAAGGCGAUCAUCAUUCCGGUUCCUCAAUGUCUGGCGCGGUCACUCCAGUUUUCAACAAACAGUCAAGUUGGCGUGGUCUCAGUCUGUUUCUGGAGUGGGAAUGCAGAAAUUCUUUAAUAAGUUACAGGUGGUUAAAAGAGCUUUAUCUCGAUGGAAUGUGGAGGUUUUCGGGAAUGUCUCUCAAAGGGUCAAACAGGCAGCGGACAAUUUAUUGGCCAAGGAAAUUUUGUAUGAUCAGAAUCGGGAUACGGUGUCUAGGACGGCAGUUCACGAGGCUAGGGCACUUCAUUCUCGGGAGCUAGCAUUGGAAUGUGAAUUUUGGAGACAAAAGGCUGCGAUUAAAUGGAUCAAAGAGGGUGACGCUAAUACCUCUUUUUUCCAUGCAGCAGUUAAGCAAAAACGCAGUUGUAAUUUUAUUGCACGCAUCAGGGGAAGUGGCGACAGUUGGUUUGAUAGUAUAGAGGAUAUUAAGCUGUCAGCAAGUGAUUUUUUCUCCACGUUGUUCACAGCAGACCGCGCUGCAGGUUCUGGCAUCAGGCCGUCACUUGAGCUGCCUAAACUUACGCCAGAAGAGAACGAUAUGUUGCUGAAGUCUCCAUCGGUAGAAGAAGUUCACACGGUUAUAUGCUCGUUGGACUCUCAGAGUGCUGCGGGACCCGAUGGGUUUGGAGGGGGUUUUUAUCAAAGUUGCUGGGAGUGUAUCAAGGACGACUUCAUGGAUGCGGUGCAGGAUUUCUUCGCUGGUGCCUCGAUGCCCCGCGGAUUUUCAAGUACCACGAUCACAUUACUGCCUAAGAAGGAGGGUGCAUGUGAGUGGAAAGAUUUUCGACCAAUAAGCUUAUCUAACGUUAGUUCGAAGAUCAUCUCGAAAAUUUUGUCUACCCGCAUUAAUACACUCCUUCCUAAGUUGAUUUUGGAGUUUCAGACUGGAUUUAUACCGGGCAGGGGGAUACAGGAUAAUGUCCUCCUCGCUCAGGAAUUAAUUCUGGAUUUGGACAAGAAAUUGCGUCAUCCUAAUGUAAUUUUGAAAUUGGAUAUGGAGAAGGCCUAUGACAGGGUGGAAUGGGGGUUUCUUUUGUACAUGCUUCGUGAAUUUGGCUUUAAGGAAGGUGUGGUAGAUCUGGUUUUUCGGUUAAUAUCCAACGUGUGGUUUUCUGUAUUGGUUAAUGGGGAGCUCACGAGUUUUUUCAAAUCGACUAGAGGGGUACGUCAGGGGGAUCCUCUAUCUUCUACUCUUUUCCUUUUUGUAUCGGAAUUCCUUGGACGGAGACUUCAGCAGCUGGUUGCUAACACUCCGAGGUUUAGAUUUUUGAGUAAGGGGGGGCUGGUCCCGUUUCUUGCGUUUGCUGAUGACAUGGUUAUCUUCACACGGGCAUCGGUUGACUGUCUGCAAGCUGUGUCGUCCUUGUUGCGAGAGUAUGAAAUUCUUUCUGGCCAAAAAAUAAAUCUUGCCAAGAGUAGGUUUCUGUGUUCGUCGAAGAUUCCUUCGGAUACCAUCACUUUAAUUCAACAAGCUACGGGGUUUCAAGGGCAAUCUUGGCCUGUGAGAUAUUUGGGAGUGCCACUGUUUCGUGGCCGUAGUAGGAGUAUUUUAUUUGAUGGAGUUUUUGCUUCUGUUAGAGCAAAGCUUCUUCAUUGGAGUUCCCGCUUCUUGUCUGCUGGGGGGAAGAUCAUAUUGUUUCGGCAUGUGUUGAACUCAAUGCCUAUUUAUUUAUUGCAGGUUUCUAAACCACCGAAGGGGAUUUUUCUAAGGCUAGGUAGGCUGUUUAAUGCAUUUUUGUGGGAUGGCAAGGAUGGGAGACGGAUUCAUUGGUCUUCCUGGGAGAAAUUAUGUUUUCCAGUCGCAGAAGGGGGUUUGGGUUUCAGAUCACUGCUGGAUGUAGAGAAGGCGUUUGCAAUGAAAUUAUGGUGGAGAAUACGUCAAAAGAAUUCUACGUGGGCAAGGUUCAUGCAUCGAAAGUACAUUGGUGACCAACAUCCGUCCUCGGCAGAGGUUGGUGUUGGGUCGGCAAUAUGGAAGCGGGUCUGCUCAGUUCGGACUGUUGCUGAAGCCAAUUUUCGUUGGCGUGUUGGUGAGGGGUUUGUCGAUUUCUGGUACGAUCGUUGGCUUUUUGACGAACCGCUUAGUAGCCAGUGUGAUGGGGAGCCUCCUCAUUGUUUGGUAGCUGAGUUCUAUAGCUCUACAGGGUGGAAUAUUGAACGUUUGCUCCAGGUUCUUCCUCGAUCGGUCGUUAAUAGUAUUUUGCAGACAAGUGUUGAUCCAGCUCUUAAGGAUGAAUUGGUUUGGGCUCCUUCAACGGAUGGUAGGUUCACUGUGUCGUCUGCAUGGGAUUUAAUUAGACAGCGGCGUAACCUGUCUUUGGUGUGGCGCGGAAUUUGGUGUCCAUUGCUGCCGUUAAAGAUGUCUUACCUUGUUUGGAGGAUUUUGGCUGGUUUUCUGCCGUUGGAUGACAAGCUCCGUUCUAGAGGGUUUUCAUUGGCUUCCAAGUGUGAUUGUUGUGGUGAUUCACAGGAGUCUUUGCAUCAUAUUUUUGUGCAGGGCAACUUGGCAAGUGCUGUCUGGAAGCAUUUCUUCCGCGCUUGCGGUAUCCCGUGGACUUCAUUCUCAUGCGUUUCUUCGUUGCUAGUGGUGUGGUUUCAAUCUUCUGGGAGUGGGCGUUUGGAUCAUGUUCGGUGUGUUAUACCUGUUGUAGUGUUAUGGUUUCUGUGGCGUAGUAGAAAUGACGCUCGGUUUGGUAAUGUUCCCUCGGCUUGCUUUAAAGUUAUUUCAGACAUCAAUGGGUGGUUGGUUGCUCUGGGGGCUGCGUGUAUGUUGAAAAGGUCUCAGUUGGAGGGGGAUACGGAUACCUACUUUGCACGGUAUUUUCAGCUCAAACCACAUAAAUCUUUCUGUCCGCAAGCUAUAUCUUGGAGGAAGCCUCCUCGAGGGGCAGUCAAGCUGAACACCGACGCAAGUGUGUCAAAUGGGUUGGCGAAAGGCGGAGGAGUGGUACGGGAUUUUGAAGGGAAGAUGCUUGGUGCUUUUUAUAAGGAGUUUGGGGAAUGUGAGGUGGUACAUGCGGAAGGGUUAGCGUUGUUAACUGGUCUACAGUGGUGUGUUGGGACAGGGUUGUCAGAUAUUUUAGUAGAAGUAGAUUCUCUAGUGUUGGCCCGGCUGGUUACUAGUCAAUCGAUUGGUAAGUGGCCGUUGUGUAGCAUUUUAAGCCAGAUUCGGUUGUUGUUAGGUAAGGUGCAGGGGACCAUUACGCAUAUCUAUCGUGAGGCGAAUGCUGUGGCAGACAGCCUAGCGGCUUUAUCUUUGGAGAGUCCAUUUGUUACUUUCCAAUCUCAUCAUCUGCUUCCAAGUAGGGCUCGGUCGUUGAUUAACUUGGAUGCAAUGGGCUAUCCAUAUAUUCGAAACCUUCAUCAUGUCGAUGAGGUGGAGGUGGUAGCGGAGGUGGAGCAACAGUGGAGGGUCCAGUUUCAUCUUGGCCAUGAUAUGCCUUCUAUCGUCACUGCUAAGUUGGUAGAGGAAGAUGCUCCAUAG